AUGGGGUUUGUUGGGCCUGUGUUGCUUGUUGUUGUGUCGGUGUUGAGCCCAUUUUUGGUUGAUGGGCUUAAUGGUGGUGAAGCAAGAAAUCAUAGCAUUGAUGUUGUUGAUGCACAAGGAAGAAACACUACUACUUUACCAAAUGUAGUUGUGGUUGAUAGUAAAAUUGAUAUGAACAAUGGUGGUAGAGGAGGUGGGAGUGGCGGUGGAGGAGGCGGCGGCAGUGGCGGUGGUAGUGGUGGGGCGGUGGAGGAGGAGGGGGUGGGGGUGGUGGUGGUCGAGGCGGAGGAUGGGGUUGGGGAGGAGGUGGCGGCAACGGAGGAGGUGGUGGCAAUGGGGGUGGUUGUUGGCGUUGGGGAUGUGGACCACCAAAGAAGUCAAAUGGAGGAAGAGGUCAUUUUCCUCCAAUGA